AGGGAGGGAUGAAGUUUGGAACUAGCUCAUCAGAAGACAAAAAGAAAAAAAAAGACGAUUUGCACUGUGAUAGUACAAGUAGUAGCAGAAGCGGGAGGCGAAAGCUGUUUGCCCGAUAAGGAAGAAGAUAAUGUCUCACAAAGGAUGUCUCAGUGUUACAAAAUACUUCCUCUUUCUCUUCAACCUAUUCUUUUUUAUGCUUGGAAGUUUGGUCUUCAGUUUUGGCUUAUGGAUACUUUUUGAUCAAAAUAAUUUUGCUUCUACACUUGGGUCCUCAUAUUAUGCUCUCAAGAUAUGGUCCUACGUUUUCUCUGGUGUGGGCAUCCUAACAAUGUUUUUGGGAUUUCUUGGAUGCUUGGGUUCACUCAAGGAAAUCAAGUGUAUGCUAGGACUUUACUUUGCCUUCCUACUGCUCCUGUUUCUUGGUCAAGUCACCAUUGCAAUCUUGAUACAAACACACAGCAACACGAUCAGUUCAACAGUGGCUGGACACGUAAAAACCAUCAUUGCAAGCUAUGGAACAAAUGCAUCCCUUUCAGAUCAUGGUGACAGCUGGGAUUUUGUGCAGGAGCAGUUCCAAUGCUGUGGCUGGACAGGCUGGACAGACUGGAUGGAAAACAGCAGAGUCAGAAAUGCCUCAAAGAAAGAAUUUCCCUGCUCCUGUGGUAACACCUCUGCUCUGCACUCAGCCAACAACAGAACAACUGCCAAGCCGGCCCUCUUUUGCCAAGCAGAGCCACAAUUGCUAAUCAACAAUAAAGGCUGCAGGGAGAGUGUCCAAGUCUGGCUGAACAAUAACAUCAUCAGCAUUGUAGGGAUCUGCCUUGGGAUUGCUCUUCUAGAGCUCUUCCUCAUGAUGGUAUCGAUGUUUCUGUGUAGAACCAUUGGCCCCAAUUACGACAAGCUUGCUCGUUAUUCCUAGGCAAACAAAGUUUUGGGGGAAACGGCAUUGAAGAACAUUCUGUCUUAUUCAGACAUUCCACUAGGGUUUUAAAACAGUAUAUUGUAGGGCUGCGGUUGUGUUCAGCAAGUUUACUAUCUAACUUUCUUGUCCUAAUUGAUCCAGUCUUGGAAACUGAGAUGAAACUUUCAAGAAUCAGAGCAACCAAUAAGAAAACAGAGUAUUAUGAAACAGGUUUUUACCUUCACUUUGCUAAAGAUAAUUUAGCUUUUAGAUGUCCUCCAAAAAUUAUAGCCGUAUCGGCUUUUGGCUUUACAUUAAAUCCCUACAAUAAGAUUUAUAUGUUUUUAUAUUGCAUUGUCCUGGAAUGCACAGAUUUUAACAGCCAUGCCCUGAUCUACUUUUGCAUGAGGAGAACUAUUUAACCAUAAAUCACUUAUUGCUAGGACACAUCAAAUACAACCUGGGAAAAAUUAUUUGUUAAGAGUGUAUACAUAUUACACAUUCAACACUGCCCCCAAAUCUUUAAUACAGCUAUUUUAGACCUAAAGCUAAAAAAUUACUUUAAAAAAAGAAAAGAAAAAUUCACAGCAUAUUAUUUAGUCAACAAUUCAGGUUGUGAAUUAACAGUGGGGUUGGCCCACCUGAUUGGACCCAAAGUUUCAUUCUUACUACUAUUGAGGUAUGAUCUAUGCAGCCAGACUUCAAACAUUCUCAACUAUGCACUCGGUGCACAAUUAUUAGGCAAGUUGUACUUUGGAGGAUUAAUUCCAUUAUUGAACAAUUACAGGGCUCUCGGUCAAUCCAAAAUGUUAAUAAACCUCAAACCUGAACAUUUAAGAAAGUGAGGUUUUGGCUUUCUUAGGAUAAUAUCUGUGCAUGCACAAUUAUUGGGAAACUGUGUGCAGAACUAUUGUGCAACCAAAUGAAAAACAAAAAUUUGCCCAUCUCACUCUUUUGUUUGUAUCUGUUAAAGUGAGACCAAUUAACUCAAAAUGUACAAGUAAACAUUUCUGACAUUUCACACAUACACAAAAGAAAAUCAGUGACCAAUAUAGCCACCCUUCUUUUCAGUAACAGUCAUAAGCCUUCCAUUCAUGGAGUCUGUCAGUUUCUUGAUCUGUUGACGAUCAACUUUUUGGGCAGCAGCAACCACAGUCUCCCAGACACCAUUCAGAGUGGUGUACUGUUUUCCUUCACCGUAAAUCUCCCAUUUAGGAAGGGUCCACUAGUUCUCAAUAGGGUGUAGGUCAGGUGAGGAAGGGGAGGGCAUGUCUUUAUUCUUUCAUCUUUAAGGCCUUUACUGGAUAGCCACCCAGUGGAGUACUUCGAUGCAUGCAAUUGAGCAUUGUCCUGCAUAAAAAUCAUGAUCUUCUUGAAAAACGCAGACUUUUUCCUGUAGUACAGCUUGAAGAAAGUCUCUUCUAAAAUCUGGCAGUAGGUUUGGGAUUUGAUUUUGAGUCCAUUUUUAAGCUGAAAAGGUCCAACUAGCUCAUCUUUAAUAAUACCAGCCCAUACCAGUAUCCCAUCUCCACCUUGCUGUUGUCUGAGUCUUAAGUGGAGCUCUGUACCCAUUACUGAUCCAGCCGCGGGCCCAUCCAUCUGGUCCGUCAAGUCACUCUCAUCAGUCCAUAAAACCUUUGAAAAAUCUUCAGAGAUUUCUUGGCCCAGUCUUGCCAUUUCAACUUAUGUGUCUUGUUCAGUGGUGAUCAGCCUUCCUUAGCUUGGUCAUGUCUCUGAGCACUGAACAUCUUGUCCUUCUGGGCACUCCAGAUAGAGGUUGCAGUUCUGGAAUAUGACAGCACUGGAGGAUAAUGGGUUCCUGGUGGCUUCACAUUUGAUUCUUCUCAAAUCUUUGGCAGUUAACGUGCGUCUUUUUUCCCCUCAACAUCUUUCUUCCGAACCUGUUGACUAUUUGCAACAAAACGUUUGAUGGUUCUGCGAUCACGUCCCAAUACCUUAGUAAUUUUGAGAGUGCUGCAUCCCUCUGAAAGACCUUUUUUUUUUUUUUUUUACAAUUUUUGACUUUUCAAAUGUCCUUUUUUGGCCCGUUUUGCCUGAGGAAAAGAAGCUGCC